UGAUGGGAAUCAAUGUGGAAUGCAACGUGAUCUUAUUGAUGCAAUCUGUCCAAGAUGCGACUUUAUGUUAAUUAAUCAGGUUCAAAUUGAUUCGGGGACAGCAUGCGGAUGAUUAGCGAAGGCUAGAGAAAAUCAUUUCUAGAAUCCGCAUCACAGAUGACCGUAUUUAAACCGGAUUUAUCCAAGCCGACCAAUCAAUGAUCACCUUUCAUGAAAUCAAUGUUUAUAAUACUACAACAUCAGAAACGAAAACGUUAUACUCUGUGCGAUUGAUAGUAACACAGCCGGACUCUUUUAAGCAUGAAGUGGAAAAUGUAGCAAACUUUAUUACUAAAAUAUCGAUGUAGUUGAUGCAAGUCGUAAGGGGGAAAACACGAUGCUUUUCAUUUUUGUCGUCGUUCACGAAUUUACAGUUUAAUAUACGGACCUAGAUAUCAACGAAAAAAACCGAACAGCAAUAGAUUUGUCUGGGAUCAUUAAUUAAUGGAAGUGAAAGAGUGUUUGAAAAGACAGAGAAAUCAUUAGUCGUUAGACUUAUAGAUAGAGAUACCAACGGUCGUUAGAUUGAGGGAUUUUUGUUUCUAUAGGCAGAUAGAUCAUUCAUCGUUGGUUUGAACGAUUUGUGAGACCUUAUCCGGAGCGAUGUCUUCUCCAGAGUUUUCCGCGGACGAAAUACUGGAGGAGUGGAACGAUUCUUUAACCACUCGUCUAAUUCCAAACGACGUGAUCUUAGGACUCUACUUUGUGAUCGGCGUUGUUGGUAACGCUAUCGUCCUUUGUGUCUACAGUUUGAGAUUCAGAGGUCAGCAUGGAGAACGGUAUUUCGUUCCAUUUCUUGCUCUGGCUGACCUCCUUGCCUGUAUUACGUGUGUCAUUUUUACUUUCUAUUUAAACUUACACCAGGCGGAUUUCUCAAACGAGACUUUCUGCAAGGUUAUGUGGCCCCUUGCUACUGGGACUACGUUAAUGUCGGUAUUUCUUCUGUUAGUGAUCACGAUUGAGAGGUAUUUUAAAGUCUGUCGACCAUUUCAUGACUUCAAACACAAGCGAUUACUUCUGUCCAUCAUUGUCGUGAUGUCGGUUGCCUUAGCAGCGCCAAGUCCCUUCUUUUUUGGUAAAAGAGCUACAUUUAUUCCUGAAAGGAAUUUAACCCGAUAUAGAUGUACCGUUAUCAGGGACAUCAACAGUCCAGGGCCCAACAUUUAUGGGUUUGUCUUGGCUAUAUUCAGUAUCCUCACCCCUGUAACUAUAGCAGCCGUAUACCUUAGGAUUGGCUGGAAACUUAAGGGUCAACUCAAAUUCAGACAACAGUUCAUUUCCGCUAGAAGCACACCGCAACUGUCAAAACGAGCGUUUGCCAAGAGUACAGAUUCCUGUGACGUACUGUGUUUAGAACAGCAACAUCCGGGUACUCACGUCAAACGUAUUAAGCGGGAGAUAAUCUACAACCAGGAACGCUCGAAUUCAACAGAAUGUUCUGAUAACGACGAGAGGCAGAUAACAAACAAAGAGCAAAGUCGUGAAAAACAAAACGAAGAAGUCCUAAAGUUAUCUAAUAAGAAAAUUUCAUCAAGUAAUGAAAUUAAUGAGGCGUCUACAGAGAAAGAAUAUGUCACGACAGGAUGUGCUGAAAAAGGAUUUCGUGACGAAGCCCACAAUUUUCCAAUAGAUCCGGAAUUCAUUUUUAAAACCGGAGAAGUACGUCUUUCGAAAUUAAAACAAGACACUCCAUCUCAUUCAAUGGAUGACCGACUUCAUAAAUCGGGCAGUCGAGUACACAAACUGUCAACUACAUUACCAGAUUCAUUUUCAAACCCACAUCACGUUCAGGAAAACUGCCUGGAUUUGUGUGCAUGUAAAAAUAUGGAAAGGGUAUGUAAACCGGACAGUUCAAACUUAUUAGGAAACUGUCGAAAGAAUCACUGCAGUGAUGUAUGCAAUUCACGAAAGUCAGAUAAUACUCACACCGUCUGCUACUGUAACCCUUGUUUCAACGCCAGUGACAAACGGGGUAGAUAUCUUCCCGAACACUCUGUACGUAGACACGUAACCUCGCAUAACGGGCACCUUUAUCCGUCUCUCGGCAUGCAUCGCUUCACCGUCAUGUUCAUGCUCAUCAUAGGAAUCUGCUGCAUUUGUUACCUCCCAAAAAUAACGCUCUUAAUCUUGGAGUCUGUGAUGACGUCAUUCUGGGCGUCCAUUCCUGACCAGUAUCUCGGAUUUGUUCUCUUUCUGUACAGAUUUUAUAUUUUUAAUAACGUUUGUAAUCCUGUCAUUUACUGUUUGUUUGAUCACCGAUUCAGAAGGGAAAUUAAAUUCUUAUGUUGUAGAAAAAGAGCAGUGUAUUAACGACAAUUUAGCACACAAAACGAUUACGUGCAAUUGGCAGUGGACAUUGCCAGCAGACUUUUACAUCUCGACAUUCAACCAUCCUUUUCUUUUAUAGGUAUUCAUGGUGAAUCCCAUUAAAUAUUCUUUCAUGUG